CAGAGAGAAAUCAAAGGGAUCAAGGAAUCAUGGUGAGUGACAAUCAGGCUUACCACUGCAGAUACUACAAAAAAUAAAAGCGAAAGAAGGUAUGAUUCUGGAAUUGUGUUACCAAGGAGACGUAUAUUUAAUUUAGCCUUUUAGCAUCCUGUUUGAACUAUAGAGGUCAGAUGAGUUCAGGUGAGUUCUUUUUCUGAAGUUUUUGCUGGUGUGUUUUUUUACGUGUCUAUAUCCAUGACAGUAAUCACAGUCAAUACAAACAUGUACAGACACAUAGGCCUAAAAAGAGGUAGAGAGAAAGAAUAGUUUAAUGUUCGACAGUUUAUUGUUUUCAUUUUGCUUUUCUUUAUUUGCAUUACUUUGGCAUUACAUUUAUCUCAUUGUUUUGUUGAUCUACUUUUGGCAAAUUGUAAUGUAAUGCCUAUUAUAUUAUGUUUAACUACAGGUCGUUUGUCACGUAGUGCGCUGUACAAAUACAUAGGUUGCAGUAGUAUCCCUAGCUGCUAACGCCUACAGUUUGCCCAAACAAGUGGCACAAAUAUGGCACACAAACAAUUUUGUUGAUCUAGAGGAGAAUCGUAAUAAUCGGAUUAAGAAUGAAAUUCAGCAGCCUUGACAAGUCGCUUUCAUAUGUCCUUUAAGGCAGUGAAUGUGCGUGGGAGAGCUGAAGGAAUGACUGUUAGGACCAGGAAAGUACACAAUAGACAAUUACAUUUUAACGAAGCCUACUUAUCACAAACAGGCCUGAUGAAUUUCACUCAAUUUUCUUCUGGUUCCUAUAAUAUGUAACACAGACUCCAGACUUACUUUUUGUUGGCAGAAUAGCGAUUCUUUGCAGUUAUAAGUGAGUGUACGCAGUAAUCGGACAGAGGUCGCUCUCCGUGGUGCUGAAAGUGCGGGUGUCAGCUGGUAGCACCUGAGGUAUUAAAGUUACCAUGGGCUGCCUAUCCGCAUCGCGUCAAACAAAUGCCAUAUUCUUGGGCAUUGCUGUUGUUUUUUAUGAAAAAUCAGCGGUCUGUCCUCGGGGUCAGACUACUUUCUUUAAGCUUAUAUAUUUUAUAGAGCCGUUGUUCAUGCAUGUUCAGGGAUGCUAAGACAUUGGGGUCUUAUUGCGGUUACAGAGAGGGUCGUAUUUUUUUAGUGAAGGUAAUGGGCUGGCAUAAGGUUUCAGGAGGACAGAACAUUGAACGGAAACAAUAGCCUUACGUGUUGGAAGUUGGCCAGCUUGCAAGAAUCGCCAGUGAUUGGGGCUGGCGUGUUGAUGCGAGGCUUACGUUACCAAUCAGAGUGAACAAUGGCUUUGGGUGAAAGGAGGGGUGAGCGAUAAAGAAAGAGCGAGAGAGGGAGAGAGAGAGAGAGAUUGAAAUUUGUUUCGUAUGAAUAGGUAAAAAGUGCGUUUGCCUUGCCAAGGCACAAGGGACAGACCGAGGAUAAUGAAUCCAAAGGUUUGACGGUAGCGAGGCGCAUACAAAAGCGAAAUAUUGGCAUCGGCGCGAUAUUAAUGGAACGGAUGUGGCCACCGAGCACGGGUGGGAUUUGAUGCCGCCAGAAAGGAUGGAGGCGUGGAACGGUGGCCUUUAGGACUAGGACAGAAGUGAAAUGUCACGGUGCUUCUGGAGCGGACCGGAAUUACAGAUUGCACUUUUAGCACCCCUGUUUCACCAACGAGACAAUUAGGCUCGCGGAGAUUUACUGAAUCCUCGGUUAACCAAAAAUCAAGUGUGCAUCAUCAUCGAAUCGGCUGGAAGACUACAUAGUCCAUUUGCUUUGUAUCAGGUCUGCUCAUGUAAGAUGGCCACUCUGAUGCUCCCCACCAGAAUGGCAUCCUUCCCAGUGCUCCCGCUCUUCCUCCUCCUGCUACCGGCGCCCUCCCUCGGCUGCCCCACCGGCUGCCGCUGCUACAGCCUGACGGUGGAGUGCGGCUCCAUCGGCCUGAAGGACAUACCGCAGGGCAUCCCCUCCUCCACACAGACCAUCUUCUUGCAGGACAACACGGUGGGGCAGAUCCGCCUGCAGGACCUGCUAGGCCUGGGGGAGCUGCACUACCUCUACCUGCAGAACAACAGCAUCUCAACGCUGGAGCCUGGAGCCUUCCACAACCAGGGCCAGCUGCUGGAGCUCGCCCUCAACGGCAACCGCAUCCACUUGAUCAGCGCUGACGUGUUCCGCGGCCUGGACCACCUGCGCAUCCUCUACCUGGCCGGGAACCAUAUCACGCGCCUCCAGGACUACACCUUCCGCGGCCUACAACGUCUGCAGGAGCUGCACCUGCAGGAGAACAAUGUGGAGAUGCUGGGGGAGCAGGCGCUGGUGGGCCUGUCCUCUCUGGCUCUGCUGGACCUGAGUAGGAACAACCUGCGCACCCUCGGACCUGCAACCCUCAGACCGCUGGUCAGCCUACAGGUGCUGCGAGUCACAGAUAACCCGUGGCGCUGUGACUGCGCACUGCACUGGCUGCGCAGCUGGAUAAACGAGGAAGGCCAGCGUCUGCUGAGCUCAGCAGAGCGCCGACUCCUCUGCGCCGAGCCUCCUCGCCUCUCGCACCUCAGCCUGGUGGAGGUGCCGGCCAACAGCCUGGUGUGCAUCCCCCCAGUGGUGCAGCUGGAGCCCAGCCACCUCACCGUGCGGCUGGGCGAGAGCCUGCGUGUUUCCUGCCAGGCCUCCGGCUACCCCCAGCCUCAGGUCACCUGGAGGAAGGCCUCCCAUGGCAAGGCCCAGCUGUCCCCCCGUGGGCUGGUGCAGGAGGUGGGGGCAGAGGGCGACGGGAGGGCCGGGGGCAGGGUGGUGACCGCACGGCCGGUGGGUAAGGGGGCGUCGGGUGGCCGGGGGUCGACGCGCGGGUCGGAGGACGGUGGUGCCGGUGGUGGUGAUGGGGAGAGCUUCAAUCCGGACACAGGCAGUGGAAUGCUGUUCCUGAGCAACGUGACGGUGGCGCAUGCCGGACGGUACGAGUGCGAGGCCUGGAACCCUGGUGGCGUGGCGCGUGUGACGUUUCACCUCUCCGUCAACAUGUCCUCCUCGUCCUCCCCGUCCGGCAUCUGGCCACGACUCCACUCCUCCUCCUCCUCCUCUUCCUCCUCCUCCUCCUCCUACUACCACCCCUCCUCAGUUGACGUGAGCCAAGAGCCGCUGUACGAGCUGGAGAGCAUGGACUUCAAUGCGCUGGGCCCAGCCACACAGACGGCCAUCGCCGUGGGCAUCUCGUUGCUGGCACUCACCGCGCUGCUGCUCCUCUUCAUGAUCUACAGCCGGCACCAGCAGCGGCAGAAGGAGGAGGGCGGCGGCAGCUACGGCACCAGCAAGGAGGAGAGCAUCCUCUACGUCAACGACUACUCUGACGGGCCUACCACCUUUGCCCAGCUGGAGGAGUACCGCGACGAGCGUGGCCACGAGAUGUACGUGCUCAACCGUGCCAAGCCUGUGCUGCCACCUGCACCUGCCUGUGGCCAGCAGGUGGCACUGUCCCCUCCGCUUCCGCCAGCUGAUGCGCUUUCCCAGGGCGGGUGCGGCACGCUCACCCCGGGCCGGGGGGUGGUGUUGGGGGGAGUGGGGGGCCCGGGGCCUCGGAGGGCCCCUGCAGAGGGGGGAGAGGGGCCCCCUCUGGAUCCCGAGGGGCUUUUCAUCAACCAGAGUCUUCUGUUUGACACACAGAUCGCCUAUGAGAUCCACUGCUAA